AUGGAGAAGAUCAUUAAGAAGGCCUUCGUGCAGUUCCUCGAGCAGCACCAUCUCCUUUCCGAUGCCCAACACGGCUUUCGAAGUGGUAGCCCCUGCCUCACGAAUCUGCUCUUUACGCUUGAACGCUGGACCAAAGCAAGUGAUGAAGGCAAUGUGGUGCACGCCAUCUACAUCGACUUCAAAAAGGCCUUCGACAGCGUUCCCUACCAACGUCUCUUGCACAAACUGCGCAACGCUGCAAUUCGUGGACGCCUUCUUGUAUGGAUCCAGAGCUUUUUGGCUGGACGGUCCCAAAGAGUGAAGGUCGGGCGUCAACAGUCCUCAGAGGUAAGCGUGGUGAGUGGCGUCCCACAGGGCUCAGUUCUUGGUCCCACGUUAUUCCUCGUUUUCAUAAAUGACUGCGUCAAGGACUUAGACUGUGAUACCAUCCUGUUUGCCGACGACAUUAAAUUGUGGAAAGUUAUCCACAAUGCGACAGACGCAGACCACCUGCAAGCAAACCUGAACAGGCUCGAAGACAGGUCAAAGCGCUGGCUUAUGCCCUUCAAUAUAAGCAAGUGCAACUUUCUUCAACUAGGCAGCUUCAGAGCCUCCAGCCCCAGGACUUACUUCCUAGAGGGCACACCCCUGCAACAGGUUGAGAGUCAGAGGGACUUGGGUGUAUGGAUUACAUCUUCACUCAAACCAACACUGCACUGCGCGAAGGCGGCUAAAUCGGCUAUGGCUACACUGCAACUCAUUAAGCGAGCAUUUAUGGAAUUUGAUCCAGACAGCUUUUUAAAAAUAUUUGGCACCUACGUGAGGCCUCAUCUAGAAUACGCCAUACAGGCCUGGAGACCUUGGACUGCCAAGGACUAUACCGUUUUGGAGAAGGUCCAGAGACGGGCGACCAAAAUGACACAAGGUCUGGGAGCGCCGCCUUACGAAUCUCGACUGUCAACUCUCCACCUGUUUCCACUUUCCUAUAGGCAAUUACGUGGUGACCUUAUACUUGCAUUUCGCAUUAUCAACGGCCUAGACUGUUGUUUAGAUCCCACUGAUUAUUUCACACAAGCUAACGCGCCCAAUUUGCGCGGUCAUCCCCUAAAACUACGCGCCUGGAAAGCAAGGAUCAAUGGAAGAAAGUUCUUUUUCAGUCACAGAGUGGUUGCAGCGUGGAAUGCCCUGCCCACCGAUGUUGCAACCUCCUCCUGUGUGAAGUCCUUUAAGUUUAGACUUGACGCGCAUCAAGCCUCCCAGUUACCAGCCUUGCAUCCACUCACAUAA